AUGGCAAGAAAGGAUCAUAGGAUAAUCAUACAUUUUGAUUAUGACUGUUUCUACGCGUCUGUCUUUGAAAAUGAGAAUCCCGCUCUAAAAUCAGUGCCUUUGGCUGUACAACAGAAACAAAUCAUCGUCACAUGCAAUUAUGAAGCUCGACGUCGUGGUUUGAGCAAAUUACAAUUAAUCCACGAAGCCAAGAAAAUCUGUCCGGAUGUUGUUAUUGUCUUGGGAGAAGAGCUGGGUCGAUUCCGUGAUGCCUCCAAAAUGUUACAUAAAAAUUUGGAAAAGUUCAGUUGGUCGGGAAAAGUCGAACGGUUAGGAUUUGAUGAAGUAUUCAUGGACGUCACAGAUAUUGUCGACUAUAAUCAGAAACUUCUCAAUCCAAAUGAUUUGAUCCACUCCUUCCUUCAAAUGGACCGUAAUGAUCCUACCGUGGGGUUUGCCUUUGAUGCGACGAAGAUUGCUGGUCAUGGCUAUCCCGAUUUGCAGCCGUGCGGCGAAGCAUCCCCUCAAUAUACACUGAAUUCGGGGUCGCCGAAUAAUGAUAUCGGACUACUUACUCGGUUGAUUUUGGGUUCACAUCUUGCCCAGCAUCUAAGAUUAAGCCUGGAAGAAGAAAAAGGCUACACUUCAACAGUUGGUAUAUCCACGAACAAACUUUUGAGUAAAUUGGUAGGCAACCUUCACAAACCAAAGGGUCAAACAACUCUUCUCCCACCUUAUGAAGUGUUACCCAGUGAUGAUGGACUACAAAGUAAUGUCACGUUAUUCAUUGAUAGCCAUGAUAUUGGCAAAAUACCUGGAAUUGGGUUCAAAAUGUCUCAACGUAUUCGGAACCAUGUUCUUUCGCGUCCAGCCGAUUUUGAAAGUGGGUUAAUUUAUGGAGGCACCAAAGAAUCUGUCAUAGUCCGUGAUGUUCGUCUCUUCCCCGGAAUUGGUCCUGAGGUACUUGAAAAGGUGCUUGGAGGAUCUGGGGCAGAGAGAGGUAUCGGAGGUAAGGCUUGGGCACUGAUCAAUGGUCGCGAUGAUUCGGAUGUGAAGGAUAUCCGAAAGGUACCAUCCCAAAUUUCAAUCGAGGACUCAUAUAUCAAGCUUGAUACUAUGCCACAACUAAUAAGAGAGCUUCGAAUGCUUGCAACAAGUCUCUUGAAUAGAAUGCAUCAAGACUUACUUGAAGACGAUGAAAAAUCUGACACACCAUCAAAACGAUGGAUAGCUUAUCCAAAAACACUCCGUUUGUCGACCCGUCCCCGUCCACCCUUGAACGCGGAUGGCACCAGAGCCCGAAGUUUCAAUCGAAUCUACAGGUCCGGACCCCUACCCAAUUUCGUUUUCAAUUUAAAAGAUGGUAAAGAUAGCAUUGUCGAAAGACUCAUCCAAGAAUCUUUGAUACCCAUGUUUCGAAAAUUACAUCCCCAGAAAGCGGAUUGGAACCUGAGUCUGGUCAAUAUCGGAGUCACGAAUAUGAUCGAAGCAGCUAGUGAAGACGGAUCUUCAGGCGGCGUGGGUAGAAAUAUAGGCAGCAUGUUCAAGGGACAAGAAGCGAGGCUUAAAGAGUGGAAGGUGCAGGAUAGAGACACCCCACCUGAUUUCGUGGCAGAUAGGAAUCAGCUUCCUGCAAAGAAGCAUCCUUCCAGUGAUCGCGUUGAGACAGAGUAUACUAUGGGCUCAGAAGAUAUAGUUCGGUCGCAAGAUACGGUGGACGAACUAGAUUUUUGGAAUGUAGAGGAUGAGGAGGAGGAAAUGGAUCAUCGGGAAAUAUGUAAUGUAUGUGGUGCGAUGAUGCCCGCUUUCGCAAUGCCAGCUCAUGAACGCUUUCACAACUGGGAGGGGGAUUGA